AUGCAAUUACCGCCUGAAUCAUCGCCAAAAAAGAGUACUAUGCGGCGAUCCAAUUGCAACUGUGUGUUGUAUUUUCUCCCGAUUAACAGGGAGCGUUUGAAGGAUGCAGCUAGCGCGGGAUGGGGGGGGGAAGGCCUCGCGGCGCCUCAGUCGAGUUCUGGCCACCGCGCGGGACGCAUGUGCCGUUGCCACACCAGUUAA